AUGGCACGCGUUUGCUUGCCGCAGCCAGGCGUCUGCGAGCUAUACCUGCCGAAUAAGAGACGCUACUGUCGCUUCUCCGUCGUCGCAGGCUACCGCUACUGCACCCACCACCUCGCCGCACGCAGCGACGGCACCGCCGACCGGAUCCCGUGUCCUCUCGAUCCGGCGCACUCCAUCUUCGCUCGCGACCUGAGGAGGCAUCUGAAGGUGUGUCCGAAGGCCAAGGAAGCGGCGGCCGAAGCUUCGCUGCCCUGCUUCCGCCGCGAUGUGAACGCCGGCGAGCAGCUGACGGCGCCGGGCGCUCCUCUGCCGGCCACCGCGCCAGCGCCAACACCCAUCGCGGGCCUGCCUCUGCACGCUUCGCUCGCAGUGGCGAGUCGCGCCGAGCCGCCUCUCGGCCGCGUGUCUGCCGAGCGGGUGCGCGCCCUCCUGGCAACGGUCCGUCUCGCGCUCGGCGAGGAGGCUGGAGGCGGCGAGGGGGGCAGGCGAGUGCGCGGCAAGGAGAAGCACGGCCUGCAGCACGAGGCGAUGCUCGAGGUCGAGACUGAUCCCGUGGUAGGCGCGUACGUCGCGAGAGAGUUCCUCCGCGAGGCCGGCGUCGACGAGGACUCGUUUCGGCUCCUCACCGCCAUCUCGAGCUGGGCCACGUCGACCGCGGACCCGGCGGUGUUGCGGCUGGGGGAGGCGCUCGGCGAGGUGAUUGACGGGGCGACUCGCGCCGAGUGGGGCCGUCGCUGCAAGCGGCUCCUCGACCUCGGCCGUUCGCGCUACCUCGCCGCGCGGGGCUACGCAGUCCGGCUGCAGACGUAUGUGCCGCAGACGACAGUAUGUGUAGAGCUAAACAUCAGUCUCGCGCAAAAUAUGACAACCGUGAUUGCGUGA